AUGUUUAUUCAGUGGAAAAGGAAUCUGCGCCUCUAAAAAUUUCGAAGGUGCGUCCCAAAUCGGCAUCUUGGCUCAGCCCACCGUAUUGCUUAUUGUAGGGAACUGAGAACCCGAGCGCGCAUCCCUGAGCCAUCAUGGCGUCCAAUAAUCCAGUUUCAUAACCUCGGGAGGGAGGGGUCUGGCGUUUCUGGAAGCCGGAGAAGCGGCAGGAGCAGGAGGAGGAGUGGCAGGCGAGACUGAGAGAAACUAGAGGCAGAAAGUAGAGCAGCAUCUAGCCGGGGAAGGAACCGCUGCCGAGAUCCAUUUACAGCGUAGCUCUACUUGGACGUGGGCGUCAGAACAGGAGACAUGGACAUCAUGCAUGCGUUUUAAGCGGGGAUGAGCCAGUCACAUGUGUGCAGCCUGGUGCUGUCAUUGGAUACCGCGCGCGGUGCAGCACAGCGUUAUUUGGGAUAAGCGGUCCCCGUCAGCCGCGGCGCAGCACCGCCGUCCUAGCGCUCCGCUGUGUGGGCACAGAGUCACCGGCGCAGGGAGGGACCCGCCACUAGACCUCACCCACGGGGCGGCGUGAGGGGCGGACUGGGGCUCGCAGCGUCCAACAUCACAUCAGCUCACCACCGCACCGGUCGGAGCGAAGCGGAGUGGAGCGGAGGCUCAGUCAGACUCAGAGCCCCGGCGGGAGGCGAGGGGAGGAAGGUGCGGCCGAAGCGGGAGUGCGAGCGAGGGGCGGUCACUCUGCGAGCAGCAUCCCGGUGCUCCGGGACACGCACCGGCACCUACCUGGAAGACGCGGCGAUUCCCCACGGCCCCUUCCUCCACACAGGAAGACGUCCAACUGAGAGCCGUGGCUUUUGUUUAACUUGGAGGAAAAAAAAAAAUUUAAAGAAAUAAUAAACACAGCGACACAAGCAGUCGCCGGGUUUGGACGGGUUUCUGGAGGAUAAGCCGCCCGUUCCACUCGACCAUGGCCGACGACGACGUGCUCUUCGAGGACGUGUACGAGCUGUGCGAGGUGAUCGGGAAGGGGCCCUUCAGCGUGGUCCGCCGAUGCAUCAACAGGGAAACUGGACAGCAGUUCGCUGUCAAAAUCGUGGACGUGGCCAAGUUCACUUCAAGCCCAGGCCUGAGCACAGAGGACCUCAAGAGAGAAGCCAGCAUCUGCCACAUGCUCAAACACCCGCACAUCGUGGAGCUGCUGGAGACCUACAGCUCGGAUGGGAUGCUCUACAUGGUCUUCGAGUUCAUGGACGGGGCUGACCUGUGCUUCGAGAUUGUGAAGAGAGCUGAUGCCGGAUUCGUCUACAGCGAAGCGGUGGCCAGCCACUACAUGCGGCAGAUCCUGGAGGCGCUGCGUUAUUGCCAUGACAACAAUGUGAUCCAUCGCGACGUGAAGCCCCACUGUGUCCUCCUGGCCUCCAAGGAGAACUCGGCGCCCGUGAAGCUCGGGGGUUUUGGCGUCGCCAUUCAGCUGGGCGAGUCGGGCCUGGUGGCCGGGGGCCGUGUGGGGACGCCGCACUUCAUGGCUCCAGAGGUGGUGAAGCGGGAACCCUACGGCAAGCCGGUGGACGUUUGGGGAUGUGGCGUGAUCCUCUUUAUCCUGCUCAGCGGUUGCCUACCCUUCUACGGCACCAAGGAGAGGCUCUUUGAAGGCAUCAUCAAGGGCAAGUACAAGAUGAACCCGCGACAGUGGAGUCACAUUUCAGAGAGCGCCAAGGACUUGGUGCGUCGCAUGCUGAUGCUCGACCCCGCAGAGAGGAUCACCGUCUACGAGGCCCUCAACCACCCUUGGCUCAAGGAGAGAGACCGCUACGCCUACAAGAUCCACCUUCCUGAGACAGUGGAGCAGCUGAGGAAGUUCAAUGCCCGGAGGAAGCUGAAAGGUGCGGUACUAGCUGCUGUCUCCAGCCACAAGUUCAGCUCCUUUUAUGGCGAUCAGCCUGAAGAGCUGCCAGAUUUCUCAGAAGACCCAACGUCCUCAGGACUGCUAGCUGCGGAAAGGGCCGUGUCACAGGUGCUGGACAGCCUGGAGGAGAUCCACGCUCUGACCGACUGCAGCGAGAAGGACCUGGACUUCCUGCACAGCGUCUUCCAGGACCAGCACCUCCACACUCUGCUGGACCUGUAUGACAAGAUCAACACCAAGUCCUCCCCUCAGAUCCGGAACCCUCCAAGUGACGCUGUCCAGAGAGUCAAAGAGAACUACGCCGAGGAUGACGCAAGCGCUGCUUUGAAACAUCUGGAAUAUGUGCUGGAAGAGAUUUCCUGCUACCCAGAAAACACCGAUGCUAAAGAGUUAAGGCGAAUCCUCACUCAGCCUCAUUUUAUGGCCUUACUGCAGACCCACGAUGUUGUGGCACACGAAGUGUACAGCGAUGAAGCCCUGAGGGUCACGCCCCCACCCACCUCGCCCUACUUGAACGGUGACUCGCCUGAGAGUGCCAAUGGUGACAUGGACCUGGAGAACGUGACACGUGUGCGCCUCGUACAGUUCCAGAAGAACACGGAUGAGCCGAUGGGCAUCACGCUGAAGAUGAACGACUUAAACCAUUGCAUUGUGGCCAGGAUAAUGCAUGGUGGCAUGAUCCACAGACAAGGAACGCUUCACGUUGGAGACGAGAUCCGGGAAAUCAACGGCAUCAGUGUGGCAAACCAGACCGUGGAGCAGCUUCAAAAGAUGCUGAGGGAGAUGCGGGGAAGCAUCACGUUCAAGAUCGUUCCGAGCUACCGCACGCAGUCGUCUUCCUGCGAGAAAGAGUCCCCUUCCACCUCCAGACAGUCCCCUGCCAAUGGGCAUACCAGCAUUAACAGUUCAAUCUUGGACUUGCCUUCCACGAUCCAGCCGAAGGGACGACAGAUCUUCGUGAGAGCGCAGUUUGAGUAUGACCCCGCCAAGGACGACCUGAUUCCCUGCAAGGAGGCCGGCAUACGCUUUAGAGUCGGCGACAUCAUCCAGAUCAUCAGCAAGGAUGACCACAACUGGUGGCAGGGCAAGCUGGAGAACACCAAGAACGGCACAGCUGGCCUCAUCCCCUCCCCCGAGCUGCAGGAGUGGCGCGUGGCCUGUAUGGCGAUGGAGAAGACCAAGCAGGAGCAGCAGGCCAGCUGUACCUGGUUCGGCAAAAAAAAGAAGCAGUACAAGGACAAAUACCUAGCCAAGCACAACGCAGUAUUCGACCAACUAGACCUCGUCACGUACGAAGAAGUCGUGAAGCUGCCGGCGUUUAAAAGGAAAACGUUGGUCCUGCUGGGCGCCCACGGCGUGGGCAGAAGGCACAUCAAGAACACGCUCAUCACGAGGCACCCGGACAGAUUUGCCUAUCCCAUACCACACACCACCAGACCUCCAAAGAAGGAUGAGGAGAAUGGCAAGAACUACUACUUUGUGUCACAUGACCAGAUGAUGCAGGACAUCUCAAACAACGAUUACCUGGAGUACGGCAGCCACGAGGACGCCAUGUACGGCACGCGGCUGGAAACAAUACGCAAGAUCCACGAGCAGGGCCUGAUAUCUAUACUGGAUGUGGAGCCACAGGCCCUCAAGGUCCUACGCACUGCCCAGUUCGCGCCCUACGUUGUCUUCAUUGCUGCCCCGAUCCUAACCCCGAGCAUGAAUGAGGACGAGUCCCUCCAGAGGCUACAGAAGGAGUCAGAGAUCCUGCAGAAGACGUACGGACACUACUUCGACCAGACCAUCAUCAACAACGAGAUCGACGAGACCAUCAGAUGCCUUGAGGAAGCCAUUGACCUGGUGUCCACAACGCCCCAGUGGGUACCCGUUUCUUGGGUUUACUAGGCCCCGCCCACCCUCUGCAUCACCCCAGCCCUUCCCCGUCUUCUUCGCGAUGCACCUGCGGAGCUUCUUUCCUCGGAAGCACCUCAGACACUCGGAAACCUCAGCGUACACGGCCCGCGGUCAGUCGGUCUCAGCCCUUACAGACUACCUAAACGUAGUGUUGUACAAAAUUUAAAUAUUGUCAUGUCCUUAUAGCUAGGAGGCAGCAUUAACUUUUUAAAGAGACGGUAUCCGACAGCAUCCGACAGCAGUCACGAGCACGGAUACGAGGACCGAACGGCAGCGGUACCAGGCCGUUGCCGGAGUCUCCAUGCGUCCUGUGUCAGGUGUGACCGUAGCUCCUCUGCACGCUACAGACGCUGCCUGUGGUGCGGUGCCCACCUCUACUGACAGAUGAAAAGCACAUGAACACUACAGUGUCUUUUGUCUAGCUUCUCGCAUCAUCCGCUUACUUAGUCCACCUCUUUUUUUCAGGGGGGGAUUCUGCUUCACGGGUGAUACCCAUUUCAGCUGUAAGUUUUGUUUACUUCUUGGACACUUGACGGACAGCGCUUUCCUUCCACGUAGAUACUGUCUCUCUAAAUGGUCCCCCCAAUGAUCCGGAGGUCCGAAGGAGGUUUCGUGCAUGUAGAAAUUCUACAACGCUUACAUGCGGUCAGUGUUAUCCGUGUCAAAACUACUGUUACAGCAGAGAACAUUCCAUACGUGUGGAAAAGCAGAAGAAAAAUGACACCUAUGCACAUCCCUUGCAUUCUGGGUAACUUUAUGAACAAACAGUUUUUAAUCAACCAUGUAGUGAGAUAUGUCUGUAAAGUGUCUAGAGUUAAUUUGUCAUAAGAAGAGCUGGGGUGGGGGGGCUUGAUUCCGGAUCCACCCGCGUGUCGUCGAGUACCGUUUUCGGUUGAAUCAGAGCGAGAAUACUGGUUUUUAUUCUGUGUGUAAUUGUUGCGAAAUAGGUGCACAUGUUUUGCAGGUGAAACACUUUGCAAAUGAAGAAGCAGUUUGUGCAUUAAAACAAGGCAAUGUACAUGAAACUGUUCUCUUCAAACAACCUUCUGUAUAUUCCUCUACAAAUGAAGAAGUUCUUCAGUAUGAAGUUUUUUUAAAUAUAUUUCCUUUUAUGUGUUCAAAAAGCGAACGGUCUUUGUAUUUUCUGUCUCCUGGAUCCCGUUGAAAAGCCUUCCGAGCCGCACAGAGCGAACGUUCAAGGUUCAAGUAGGUAGGUAGGUAACGAUCUUGUCGUCUGCGAGUCUCGCGGUGGCUCCACGCUGCCGAGUUACAUCCCCCGGCGAACCGUGGACGGAUCAGAGGGCCGUGGGUUUGACGCCGACAAGCAUCAAAGAGACGGAUCUUCCCUCAGCAUCGGCAUGCGUUUCCCCUGUGUAUCAUUUUUUUCAUUUUCGAAUGAAGUCAUUUUUAUUGCAGGAAGUCAUUGCUUAGAUCAGACGUGUUUCUGCUGGGUAGAGCUGGGUGAGAGAGAGGACGGUCUGGACAACAGUACGAACCACGCGCUGGAACAAGGCUCCUGAACUCACUGCCGUGGCUCUUGCAUGUGAUCCUUUUCAACGUGGCCGACGCCCCUGGUGCGGUGACUUGUAUGU